ACUCAGUAUCUAACGGAGCAUCCAGCUUUGUGGGGUAGGGAACUGAUUGUCAGCCACCUUCAGAAUUCAAAGCCUGGCUCAUCAACUCUGCCUUCAAGAAUGCGCCCGGUGCCAGGGACAAGGGCAACUCUGUAAUUUGGGAGGCUUUUCUCUCAAAGUGUUACUUUGAGAAAGUGCUUUUAUCUCUGUCACCACAAGAUUGCAGACAGUGGAAGAAGAGUGGAAAGGCAUAAACAAAGACGGGUCAGGCACAGCAAUGAAGCAGUAACUUCGGGUAAAGCUGCGAGCGUCAUAGAAACCAUCAGACCAAAGGCAAGGCAAUCCAUCAUCAUGGGGCUGCUUGAUCAAGGCAACGGCACAAUCAACUCGGAAGAACACUUCCUGGAUAAAAAGCUGUCAUUUGGCUGGCACACCAAUGGCCUUGCCCCACCUCAUGAGGGACUCCAAGAAUCCAGUGAUAUUAUGAUGGACAGCACCAAGAUCUUGGGGGUGCAGAUUGUACUGAUAGCAGCCUACUCCCUAAUCAUCCUGCUGGGAUUCAUUGGCAACUCCUUAGUCAUCUACAUGAUUGUGAGAUACAAAACCAUGAGGACUGUAACCAACUUCUUCAUAGCUAACUUGGCUCUGGCAGACUUGAUGGUAGACACGCUCUGUUUGCCCUUCACCUUGACCUACACUCUGUUGGAUGAGUGGAAGUUUGGGGCUGUGCUUUGUCACCUGGUCUCCUAUGCUCAGGCUUUGAGUGUCCAUGUGUCCACCCUCACCUUAACUGUGAUUGCUCUGGACAGGUAUAGAUGCAUUGUUUUUCACUUAGACAGCAGGAUAUCCAGGAAGAUCAGCUUCAUCAUCAUAGCUACUACAUGGCUAAUCGCUGCUGUCCUAGCCAGCCCAUUGGCCAUCUUCCGAGAGUACAGAUAUGAAGAAAUUCCAUCCAUCAAUCUCAGAAUAGCAGUCUGCACUGAGAAAUGGCCUUCUGAAAACAGGGAUGCUGCUAUAUACAGCUUAUCCAUGCUGCUCUUGCAGUAUGUUCUCCCUCUUUCUGUUAUCUGCUAUGCCUACAUCAGGAUUUGGUUCAAGCUGAAGAGCCAUAUCAGUCCCACUUCUAGAAACGACAGUCACUGUCGCAGGAGAAAGACCACAAAGAUGCUGGUCAUGGUGGUGGUGGUUUUUGCCGUCUCUUGGCUCCCUUUCCAUGUUUUCCAGCUCGCUGUUGAUCUAGAUCUGGUACUCAUCCUCCAUGACUACAAACUCAUUUACACUGUGUUCCAUGUGGUAGCCAUGUGCUCCACUUUUGCUAACCCCUUGCUCUACGGCUGGAUGAAUAAGAACUACCGCAAUGGGUUCCUCAUGUUCUUCCGCUGCCAGAACAAGCCAGAGAGACUCUAUACAGAGGGAUCUAUGAGAGGAAGGUCCUACACUUUCAGAGCCACCACCUGGAAUGGGAGCAUCAGGCACUCAACGGGCAAUGGGCAGCUGCCAACCCAGGUUUAGUGCACGAGCAUCUCCACCAAGGCGCUGGAACCUCAGCAGUGUCCAUCUAGAACUGAUGUUUUUUUCUAAAAAUAAAAAUGCGCUGUAUUGCCAAAAUGCUAUCACUGUCUUAGCCAAAUAAGAGUCCCUUGUCUAUCUGUCCAAAGAACCUCAUGUACUGUACAUUCUAUUUCAUGAGCAAGCUGAUUAAUACUUGCCUCAGUUUAUGUGUUUCUUGUUGCAUCAGCAGUGGAAAUUAUAUUGUACACAAGAUGUGUUAAUUUAUGAAACAACUGAGUCCAACUGUUACCUGAAGGAGGGCAGAGGAUCAUUUAACUGUUUUAGGCAGAAAGUCUCUGCGCCAGUCCUGACAAGCU